AUGAACAGCGCACUCGCAUCGCGACCGCUCUCGAACCCUUCAAAGAAGCUCUCGACAGAGGGUCAGAAGCUCGUUGGUGACUUGCGCGAGGUCGUUGAGCAGGCCAAGCUUCUGCUCCUGACCAAGAACGAGGGUAACCUCCUCCAGGACUUCAUCUGGCAAACUCAGCAGAUCUCCGGUGGCAAUGCCGGCACCCCUAACGCUCCUGUCGACAAGGAAACAGCCAAGCAGCACGGCAACGAGGCUCUCGACGGCCUGCGCACCCUCGGCACGCUCAUCCUGUCCAACGGUCAAUUCCGCAAGCUCUGUAAGUUUAGGUUGUAUUCUGCACCAUGA